AUGGACGGUUUGCCUUUUAUACCGGGAUUUCGUUUUAAUGACAUAACAAAACAAGAUUUCAAUUUGAGUGCUCAAUUCCGAUGGAAAAACGGAUAUGCCGUUCCCAAAGUUAAGGCAACAGGUAUUGGAAAGAGUGCGCUAGAUGUUGACACAGUUUUGUACGGUGAAAAAUUUGACAUAACUGGUUACGAUCCAACAUUGACGUAUGGAAAAGCCAAAGACGAUCCGAAACCAAUUGCUCUACCAAAUUUUGUAAAGUUCGAUAGAAAAUGUCUGUCCUUCAUUGGAUACACCAAAGAUACUGUAGAUAAUUCACCAAUAGUGACGUUUCGAGUGCGCAAAGUUAAAAUUACAUACUUCUUGGUUGAUGACACUAUUACCGUCGAGGAAUCCGUUAUUAAGAACGCGGGUUAUGUCCAAGGAUGUGUACUUAAACGCGGCCAUAUACCCAAUCCACACCGUGAAGGCAGGUAUUGGCAUUGGUCCGACUUCAACAUCGGCGAUGAAAUUAGUUUCUACGGAACUACGUACAAGUUGUGCGGCUGCGAUCAGUUCACCAGAAAAUAUUUGACGAGCAUGGGCGUGGUGGUGGCUGACAAUGAACCAGUGAUGGAGGACCCUUAUAUCGCAAUUAGGCAGAUGAAUCUGCAGCGGGAAAUCGAAAAAUCGAAAAUUCCAAGUUUGGCGUCCGACGGUAGAUUUGCCGAGGAGAAGCUCAGAAAGUUUUUGGAAUACGACCCGAUGGUACUUAGGUUUUACGCGACCUGGAAUAGUGACGUCUCGGAUCCUACAGAGGGUAAGUAUUUCGUUAUUGUUUAUUACUUAACUGACGAUCGGAUAGAAAUCAACGAAUCAACAACUAUGGGUAAUAAAUGUAAGCUGAAUCAAUCUAAUGUGUUUUUAAGCAAAAUUAAACUACCCAAAAGCUGGUCAAAUUUACCAUCAAAUUUUCCAUCUAUUUAUUUAGAAGCAGGAGUUAAUGAAUAUCAAGAAUAUUAUGAACUGAAAGAUUUCAUAAUAGGAAAAACAAUAAGUGUGUUGGGUCGUAGAUUUAUACUAUAUGACUGUGAUCCGUUCACUAGAGAUUACUUCAAAGACGUUUUGAAAAUCAAUCAACCUGAACCCAUCCAACCAAUAAAACUAGAAAACAAUUAUUUAGCUGUGACUCAACUGGCGAUACCACCUCACACCGGUAUUGGUGAUCCAGACGACACGCGUCAGAAUUGUUUAUCACUUGUACCUAAACCACCGAAAACUUUAGAUUUUGUAAAUUUUGUGCUUAACGCAACCAAAAAACUCAGAUAUAAAUUAAAGAUGGUUCCUGUGAAUGAAAUAGAUAACUUUCGUGAUUUCAUCAUGGAAUUUUGCAUCGGCAACGAUCAAAUGUGUAUAGUUGAAUUAGCUAGUAGGAAUAGCGGAUUCACUAAAGGGCGGUUCAUGUCAUCUACACGAUUACGGAAACCUGGGACUAGUGUAGAUGAAAAUCAGUUCUAUGGACCCAAAGACUUUGCUAUUGGUGCUGAAUUAUAUGUAAAAGGUUUGGUAUUUAUAAUUACCGAGAUAGACUUGUGGUCGUACAAUUAUAUGAAUGAACACAAAGACAUGUUUACGCAAGAGGCAAUUGAUGGAGCUAAACGUUUUUUGGAAAGCAAAAAUUUGUUGAGUAAUCCAGAAAAUGUGGAAGUCUGA